GGUUACCUGAUCGGGUGACCAAACCCAAAACCCUCCGCGUCACGCCGGCAGUCCGCGCCAUCGCCGCCGUGCGCCGCCCGCCCGCGCCACCGCCUCUCCUCGCGCCGCCGCUCCGCUGCUCUAUCCGCACCGUCUCGACGUCCGCCGCCGUCCUCUAUUUCCCAAUUCCACCCUGCUUUUCCCACUCCAAACGCCACGUGACCUUGCCGGUGCUCCGGUAGCGGCGCACGAUGCUCCGCCGCGUGCCUCCCUCCCUACGCCGCGCCCUUCUCUCCUCCGCCUCCACACACUACGGCGGGGCACAAAUCCCGAACCCCAGCCACUAUCCUUCCCAGACCAUCCUCCCCCAAUGGCGGCGUCACGCCUCUGUUGCCUCCUCCUCGGCCCCGCCGCAGUCGCCGCCUCCUCCAUCUCCGCCUCGGGGUCCGUCGCGGUCGGGCGGAGGCGGUCGCACUGUCUCGUCGCUGAACCCCGCCGAGGUCGCCAAGUUCGCUGCCAUCGCAGAGACCUGGUGGGAUGCAAACGGUCCAUUCAAACCUUUGCAUUUGAUGAAUCCAACCCGACUGUCUUUUAUCCGCUCCACUCUUUGUAGACAUUUCAGGAGGGAUCCAUAUUCAUCUAAGCCACUUGAAGGCCUCAAAGUUGUUGAUGUUGGAUGUGGAGGUGGCAUUCUGUCAGAGCCUCUUGCUCGGAUGGGAGCUACAGUUACUGCAAUUGAUGCUGCUGACAAGAAUAUAAAGAUCGCAAGUAUUCACGCGGCAUCUGAUCCGACAACUGCUUCCAUUGAGUAUUGCUGCACAACAGCUGAGGCACUGGUAAAAGAGAAAAGGCUGUUUGAUGCUGUAAUUUCUCUUGAGGUGAUUGAGCAUGUCGCUAAUCCUUUGGAGUUUUGCGAAUCUCUCUCGGCUUUGACAAUUCCUAAUGGUGCCACUUUGGUUUCCACAAUCAACCGUUCAAUGAGAGCAUAUACCACCGCAAUAGUUGCUGCUGAGUACAUCCUCAGAUGGCUUCCUAGAGGCACACAUGAGUGGUCCAAACUGGUUACCCCUGAGGAGCUUUCCCUAAUGCUGCAAAAAGCUGCUGUCUCUGUUGAAGAGAUGGCAGGGUUCGUUUAUAAUCCGCUGAGUGGAGAGUGGUCUCUGUCAGAUGAUAUCAGUGUGAACUAUAUUGCUUUUGGCGUCAAGAAGAGUGAAACACCAUCAACAAAUUGCACAUAGGCAUGGUUAUUGUGGUUGAAGAAAAAUAAUUGGCAAAAUCGUGCCGUUUGAAUCUUACUGCUAAGGAUACAACCACGAUGUGUGGAAGCCCCAUUGAGAAGUUGUCAAGUUGACGAGAGACAGCUGCUAACAAGUAGAGCUAGCUCUGCCUUCUUUGGACUGUGUAAUAAUGUAAUACACGGAUGCUUCAUACAGUUUUAGCAAUUUUGUGGCAAAUACAAGGAUAGUGCUUUCAA